CGCACCUGGACAUAUCUCGCGAGCAAAAAUGAGAAUCCUGGUUUACGCGACAGCGAUAGUCCUGCUGGCCUGCCUGGUCCGGGCGGAGGAAAGCAAGAAGGCUGAGGACGCUUCCGUGGAGGACAAGACCACGAAGAAGCAAGAGAAACGCGGCCUGUUGGGUCUCGGUUACGGGCACAGCUACGACGGCGGUUACGAUAUCGGCGGCGGUGUCCACGGAGGCCUCGAAUUGAACGGCGGUUACAACGGUUACCACGGCGGAUACGGCGUAUACGGCGGAUACGGCGGAUACGGCGGACACCAGCUGCUCGAAGGUGGACACGAGCACGUGAAGACCGUGACAGUUGUCAAGAAUGUGCCUGUUCCGUAUCCAGUUGAGAAACACGUGCCUUAUCCAGUGGAGAAACAAGUACCGUAUCCGGUGAAGGUCCCAGUACCACAGCCCUACCCAGUAGAGAAGCCCUAUCCGGUCAAGGUUCUCGUCAAGGUCCCCGUACACAUACCGCAGCCCUACCCAGUGGAGAAGAAGGUUCCCUAUCCGGUUCACGUGCCCGUCGAUCGUCCAUACCCCGUCAAAGUUUUGGUACCGCAGCCUUAUCCGGUGGAGAAACAAGUACCGUAUCCGGUGAAGGUACCAGUACCACAGCCCUACCCCGUCGAGAAACCGGUACCAGUGCCGGUAAAAGUACCAGUCCACAUACCGUAUCCGGUCGAGAAGAUCGUCCAAGUGAAGGUCCCUGUCGAUCGUCCAAUUCACGUGCCCGUGCCAAAACCAUACCCAGUGCACAUCGAGAAGCACAUACCCUAUCCAGUGGAGAGACCAGUGCCAGUUCCAGUAAAAGUACCAGUCGACAGACCGUAUCCAGUACCGGUGGAGAAGCCAGUCCCUGUUGCCGUGAAGAUACCAGUACCGCAACCCUAUCCAGUCGAGAAGCCUGUACCUUAUCCAGUGGAGAGGCCUGUGCCGUACGAGGUUAAGAUCCCGGUAGACAGACCUUAUCCAGUACAUAUAGAGAAACCGGUGCCUUAUGCAGUGGAGAAGCCAGUUCCUGUACCGGUCAAAGUGCCGGUACCCGUACCGAUACACCAUCACGAUAUCGGUUACAGCAACGACUGGGCGGGAAAUCAUCAUGGUUACCAUUAAACUACUCGCCGUAGCGCUUGGUUUGACAUAACGAAAGUCUAAUUGAUAAGGCGACCAUCGAAGAAGAAGAAGAAAAAACCGCGACACGGAACACAUACAUACACACACACACACACGUACCAGGUCUAUUUUACUUUUUUGUUUCUUUCUUAUUGGGUAAAAACACAAUCGCAAUCAGGGGAGGAGGAGAAGAGUUAUCGAAGAGGAAUAGGACGGUGUUUCUCUGUGGCACGCGUCGAUUGAACAACGCGUAAUUGCAAAAACAGAAGAAAAGAAGCAGACAAAAAUAAGAACGAAAGUUUUUCUCCUUCUUGCGAGUACCUGGAUCGAAACCGGGGGAGGGAGGAGGACUUCCGGUAACGAAGGAAGAGGCCUCAGCGGGCCCAUCCCCCUCCGAGGUCGAUCGUUAUCGAAGACGCGCGCCACAUCGCUGUGAACAAGGAUAACACGGAGAAGGAAAUUUUUUUGUAUAGUUUUCCACACGAAGACCGUCUCUAGCCUUUUGAUCUUUUUUUCUUGUGUCUUUUUUUUUUUAGUGAUCUUC